AUGCGAAGUUUCCCUCGAGAACAAGAAUUGGAUAGCGUGAUCUCCAAAACGACUGCACAGGCUAACGCGCUCAGGAGUACCUUGCGGAGAGGAGUUGAUGUCGCCAGUGAGGCGGCUAAACUGAAUCGAUCAGUACGAGACGCGCAACGUCUUCUUGCGUUCGCCGGAAAAUCUCUGAAGCUGAAGGAGACACAACUUCAGAGACAAGGAGAAACAUGUUUGUCGCUGUGUCAGGCGACUAAGAGGGCGAAGGUGACGAUUGAGAACAUAUGUUCAUAUACAAUCUCUAGGCGCAGCUCGCAAAAUUCGAAAAUUUCCUUUGUGCUGCACGAAAGCCCAUCAGAAUACCUCAAAAGUAUCGUGCAAACGUACGAGGAGGAGUUGGUAUACUGCGAGACUGUGUUGAAUGAUAUGCAGUGCGCCAUGUUGCCGAGUGAAACGGAAGUGAAAAAGCAAGAAUCGACUGUCCAUUUACUCACAGGCGCGACCGGGAGCCUAGUUUCAGUUUUACUAUCAAGAAUCACUCGUCUCGCGUAA